GAGUGGGUCAGUGGGGAGCCCAGGCAGGUUUCUGGGGGGCUGACGUGCACCGGGGGCCAGGGAGCACAGGGAUCCCGGGCAGGCUGGUGUGCACCGGGGGCUGGGUCAGGGGGGCUGAUGAGCACCACGGGGGUGGGCACAGAGGAAGAUGAGAGUCCCGGGAGAGGAGCCCUGGGUGCACAGGACAUCCCGCACCAGGGACUGCACUUGGUGCUCCUGCGGUGUGCAGGCAGGGGUGCGGGGUGUGCCAGGGAGGGCUCCCGGCGGGGAUGGGAUGGGGUGCAGGGGUGGGCCCGGGGCAGCGCAGGGGCUGACAGCCCCCCCAGGCUCCUGGGUGGAGCUGCGGUGUGGCCCAGGCUGCCCCGAACCCGAGCUGGCACCAUCGCCGUUCUCCUGCCACGCCGACGUGGAGCAGAUGCUGCUGGAGGCCCAGCUGGAGACAGAGAGCAGUGACGGGACCCUGCUCGUGCUGGGCUCCCCAGCCUGGGAUGAUGAUGGAGGCAGCCAAGGGAGUGAUCAGCCAGGGGAGAGUGAGGUGCUGCCUGCCCACAGCCAGCCCCAGCCAGGCUGCCCCCACCCCCCGCAGUGGCAUGUGCCAGAGGAAGCCAAGUGGAGGCAGCGACGCCUGACAGCGUCCCUGGGCUGGGCCUGUACCCGCUGCCCUCGGUACCUGUCUCCAAAGGAAUUUGCCUUUGUGUGCUCCCCCCAGCCAGUGCUGUGGAGCCUGCAGGGAGGUGCAGUGGGGAGGAAGAAGAGACUUUUCAGUUCAGAGCUGCUGCUGCUCUUCAUCCCCUCGCUCCUGCUCAGCCACCUGCUGACCCUGGGGCUGGGGAUCUACAUUGGGAAGCGCCUGGCAGCCUCCUCAGCCAACCCUCUGUGAGGAACUGGGCAGGCAGCACGCGCUGCUCCGUUGGGAAUGUGGGGAGAGCCCGGCACCAGCGCAGCCUCACCGCUCCCAGGCCCCACGGCUGUGGCACAAGGCGCCUUCUCCCCGUGUCUGUCCCUCAGCCCUCGCCUCUGGAGCUGAUCCCACUCUCCCCCGUAGACCAGAACCUGCUGAUGGCAGCUCCCAGCUGCAGGCAGCCCCUGCCCUCCCCAGCCCCUGGUUACGGGUCCAGGUCCCCCUGUAACAGACUGUAAAUACGACUGAGCCCACUAGAAUAAAGAGCCCUGUGCCAGCUCAGGGGCUGAGCAGCGA